AUGACAGGAAAAUAAAAAGCACAAUUCAAUGGUCAUGGUUGGACUGUCACUUCAUUAUGCUAUUCUCCUAAUGAUACUACAUUAGCAUCCGGCGGUGGAGAUAAGACUAUCUAUAUAUCGGAUUUAUAGACAGGGCAAUAGAAAGCUAAAAUAAAUGGUCAUAAAAAUUGUGUCAUUUAAGUAUGUUUCUCUCCUAGUGCUACUAAAUUAGCUAUGAUGCCUCUAUCCGUUUAUGGAAAGUUAAUACAGGUCAAUAAAAAGCAGAAUUAAAUUCUCACAUUCAUUGCGUCUAUUCAGUAUGCUUACUUUCUGAUGGUAUCUGUGGUAAAUGAAGACAAUAUUUAUAGUUUGGAUGUUAAAGAGAUUUCUGUAUUGGGAAAAUAAUAUCAAGAUACUCCUAUCUAAGUUAAAAAUCACUUUUAAAAAAUCUUUUAUUAUUUAACAAAACCUCCCUCUAAUAUCUUCUUAGGACAAUUCAAUUAUUAUGGAGAAGAGUUAAGAUCUUUCUUCAAAUCUAAAGGAAGUUUAAUUUUGAAUAACUAAAUAGAGUUUAAAUAGUAAGAAAAUUGA